AUGGCAUACAUGCGGCACGGUGACAUAACACAUAACCCUCCUUUUGUAAUAUGCCACGGACUGUUUGGCCAAAAACAGAAUUGGAAUUCGGUUGGUAAAGCUUUGGCCAAACGACUAGAUGCCCCAGUCUACGCCAUCGACUUCAGAAACCAUGGUGAAAGUCCGUGGACUUCAGAACAUACAUAUCCCCUAAUGGCACAAGACCUGGCUUCAUUUCUGAACGAUGUGGCAAAGGAAACAUCUCAAGAGAAGGUGAAUGUGCUUGGCCAUUCAAUGGGAGGCAAGGCUGUGUCAUAUUUGGCGUUACAUCCACCCUUGGAUCAGAAUUUGAACAAACUGAUAAUAGAAGACAUAUCACCACAUCGUGAAUCAUCGGCUUCACUCUUCCUGGGCUAUGUUGAAGCCUUACAGAAAGUGGACUUAAAACAAGAAAGAUCUCAGAUUCUGAAAGAUCUAGAGGAUGUUGUACCAGAACUAAGUGUACGACAGUUUCUACUGACUAACUUGAUACGGACAAAAGACGGAUUCAAAUGGAAGAUGAAUCUGGAAGCCAUCGGCAACUCGCUAAACCAUGUCAUGCUGUUCAAGUUAGAGGAAAAGGCAUUUGAAGGCCCCACUAUGUUUUUGUAUGGCGGAGCUUCUGAUUACUUCAAGGAUUCUGAUGUGCCAGAAGCUCAACGAUUGUUUCCAAACGCCAAAUUCGAAGUGAUUCCAAAUGCUGGUCAUUGGUUACAUGCCGAGAAUCCGGCAAUGUUUAUGGACAAGGUUAUUGAAUUCCUGGAACACUGA